CCCUCCUUUGAAUGCUCUCCCUGGAGGUCUAAUCUAAAUUGUAAUUGAGUUAAUUUGCACAGACUCCGAGCCCUUUCAGUCUGGUUAAACUCCGUCCUACAGCGUUAGAAAUAUAUUUCAGGAACAUGCAGAAAAGUCGGCGUUUCUUGCGAUUAAUUUCUUUGUCGGUGGACUUCAUUGCCUGGCGUUGCAGUUUAGCCAAUCGCCUCUCCGUUAAAGUGCGAGGUUUGGCAAAUUUUAUUUCUUUGGCAAGAUCUGGGGAAACCCGCGAGCGCUUCUAGCAUGAUGUCAUACCUCAAGCAGCCCCCGUACGGCAUGAACGGCCUGGGGCUGAGCGGAGCGGCUAUGGACUUGCUUCAUCCUUCGGUUGGAUAUCCCGCAAAUCCAAGGAAACAACGUAGGGAGAGGACUACUUUUACGCGUACACAACUGGACAUUUUGGAGUCUCUGUUUGCUAAGACUCGAUACCCAGACAUAUUCAUGAGGGAAGAGGUGGCACUGAAAAUUAACUUGCCUGAAUCCAGAGUACAGGUUUGGUUCAAGAACCGACGGGCAAAGUGUCGUCAGCAGCAGCAGAACGGCAACAACGCCAAGGUCCGGCCGGCCAAGAAGAAGUCGUCCCCGGCGCGGGAGAGCACUGGAUCCGAGAGCAGCGGCCAGUUCACCCCCCCUGCGGUGUCCAGCGCCAGCAGCUCAUCCUCGUCUAACAGCUCCAGCUCCUCCAACAACACGGCCAUCAGCACCUCUACCUCCAUCAGCACCCCAGUCUCCUCCAUCUGGAGCCCGGCAUCCAUCUCCCCCGGGUCGGCCCCGCCGUCCAUCCCCGUGCCCGACUCCGUGCCUCCCACCAGCACCUCCUGCAUGCAGCGCUCUGUUUCUGGGGCCACGGCGUCCUCCUACCCCAUGACCUACAACCAGACCACCAGCUACAGCCAGGGCUACCCGACGGCGUCGGGCUCCUACUUCAGCGGCGUCGACUGCAGCUCCUACCUGACCCCCAUGCACUCUCACCACCACCCACACCAGCUGAGCCCCAUGGCUACACCCUCCAUGUCGGGACAUCCGCACCACCACAUAAGCCAGUCCUCUGGACACCACCAUCACCACCACCACCAUCAGCCCUACAGCGGUGCUGGUCUGGCCUUCAAUUCCUCGGACUGCCUGGAUUACAAAGAUCAAACGGCCUCCUCUUGGAAACUCAACUUCAACGCGACAGACUGCUUGGACUACAAAGACCAGGCCUCCUGGAGGUUCCAAGUCUUGUGAUUCAUUUUUUCCCCCUCCCUACCCCCACCCCCCCCUUUUGUUUUUAAACGGGACUUAAAAAAAAAAAACUCUAAAAGUUAAAGAACAUUCGUCCAGAUUACUUUUUAUAUCCCUUUUAAGAAAUGGAAACGUAACCAAAAACCUGUGUGAAAUUCACAGUUUUUGUUUUUACUUUUAUCAAUGAAGAAUUUUAAACUGGGAUGAUUUAAAAUGCUGGACAGUUUGUUGUGACCCUACGAUGAGCGGCGGGUCCCCAUAACCCAUGUCUUCUAAUGAAAUGGAUGUAUCCCCUGUAAUGAACUCCCACCUCUCUGGCCCUUUGACCCCAUCCCACCUUCUGUAUAGCUUUUCUUAAAACUUGUUUAUCUAGCAGGAGGGGUGGAAUUGAAAUAGUCAGCUACAGAAAGGAGCUGUUUGUAAAUAUGUAUUUGGGUCAAUUCAGUGACCGCAAUUAGCUGGUUUUCCUGGAUUUGAAAUUGUUUUAAACAUAAGUGUGCGCGUUUUCCCUAAAGACAAAUUGGCAGUAAAAAAAAAAAGAGAAACGCUUCAAGGUAUUCACGACAUUCGUUUCUAUGGACAACUCUAGUAAUUUUAAGGUCGUUAUGGAUGUUUAUUUUGUAGUCCAAGAUUUAGUCUGACCAAUCGACAAUUCAAACGAAAUAAAAAAAACGAAUGUUGUAUCUUCACCCGAGUUGCUGUGUUUUAAAUUCAAGCGAAAAUUUAAAACUCCUUCCCGUACGUGUUAGACAUUGUCUCUAGUGUUGUAUUUCGGGUUCAUUUCAGUCGCAGCACUUGGGUUUCCUGUUCCCGAAGUCGUCCUUCGAGAGAGAGCGAGAAUGUGAAUUAGACAUUCAAUUUCAAUAUUCCAGUGAAAUGUGGAAAGCGAACGCCCUUAUACAUUCGUGUCCAUAUAAUAAAGAUCAGUUUAACAACAA